UUUAGCACGCGCAGCCAGUGACGUGGGGGAGUAACAGUAGGCUUGUAUAUCUAUCGAUAACCGAAUAUUAACAGGGUUUACAAAGUGAAAAAAGCGACAAAGAGCAAACGCGCCCACGGGCUCAGACUUCGAAAUAUCAUAAGUAGAAUUAUUUUAGGAGACUCUGUUCAGUUCUUUAGAUUUUUCAUAUUAAUAUUUCAUGUGUCCAGUUUUCUCUGUGUUUUGCAGUAGUGGCUUUUACCUGAAGGAUUCACAUGAAACAAAUAAGUAAACAAGUAAUAAAAAAAAGCAGUAAAGAAAAAAUUUAUGACAAAUAUUAAACAGAUUUUGUCUUAAUGUCGCUCAUUAAAUUUCUCAUCAUCAUUCUUCAGAAGUCUGGCAUCAUUAUAAAAUGUUCCCGGAGAACCUGUACCAGACAAUUCGUAGGUCUAUACUAGAAAUUAAUUGUAUCCUGGGUACUUUCUGCUUAGGAACAAGUAUUUUUGUAAGAAAAAAAUUAAAUUCCGGGUGAUAACUAGACCCGACUGUGCCAGAGCCCGUUUUCUCCGCUUGUGACUGCGACCUCGGCGCGUCAAUCCUACGUCAUUUCUGCAGAAUUCGCUUUACGGACUCGGGCUUCAGUGGUGUGUUUGUAAAAUGUCACACGCUGCUGCCGUUUGGUUUUGUGUUCACGAUGAUAUCGAAUCGGAUCGCAGUACUACGGGGAAUAUAUUAGAUUAUUUUGACGAUGAAUUCAUCUUCAGAACCUUACACCUCAGCAGAUUCGCCGUUAGUUUUAUUAUUGACUGUGUAAGAACUCGUCUGGAGCGUUUUGCCGAACGGUCUCUUCCCGUCGAUCAUUUGGUCCUUGCUGCCCUAUGUUUCUAUGCAAAUGGUUUUUUACAUAAUGAAAUAGCCGACACCAUUGGGAACAGUCAUGUUUUUUUGAAUACAGCUGUGGAAACUGUGUCAAAAGUCUUGUCAACCAUGCUCGACGAAUUCAUCACAUUUCCAAGCAGUCUCAAUGAUCGAGUCCUGGUGGCGCAGGAACUGCAGAAGUUGCACGGCAUCCCCAAUGUAGUUGGGGUGCUGGGAUGCAUGCACAUUCGGGUAAAACCUGGCAAACGGGAGAGAAUGCUAUACAUGAACGGUAUGGGCUAUUUCUCCAUCAUGUCUCAAAUGGUUUGUGACUCUCAGAGUAACCUGCUAAGCGUGGAGACCCAGUGGCCAGGAAGCACGUCAGAGCAAAGUAUUUGGGAGAAUUCAAAAAUAUGCCAGCAGUUCAAAAGUGGCAAGCAUGGGCAUAGUUUGCUCGUGGGUGCCAACUGUUACUCUUUGAGUAAGCAUGUCCUGCCUCCCCUGAGCCGUGCCAGUAAUCCAGCAUCAGUGCAUUACGAUGAAUCACACUUCAAGAUCCAGAGCAUUAUUCAGAAAACCUUUGGUGCUUUGAAGAUGCGAUUUCAAUGCCUGGAGAAUUUAGGACACAUUCAGAAGGAUGUUUCUCACAAAACAGCAGAAGUCAUUCAUGCCUGCUGUGUUUUGCACAAUAUUGCUAAGAAGUUCUCUGUACCACUGCCUGGAGAACCUGGACCAGAGCCAUUGCAUCAUGGGAUCAGCCGGGAGGAAAUCAAUCAGAUGUUCACCUGUUCCUCUUUAGGGAGGACAUGAUCACAACCUGUUUCUCCCACCAUUCAGGUGCUCUCUCACAGCCCCUGGAGGAUUAAUCUGGGAGCACAGAUCAGUGCAGUUCCUACAGAUGCAGUGGUAUUACGCUUUUGAUUUUUUAAAUUAAGCUUCUAUUUUUAUAUUUUCAUUUGAAAUCCAAUUUAGUUUUCACAUUUGGUGUGUUUUUAUUAGUUAUUUUAAACAUGUAUUUGUCUUAAUUCUUCCAGUUAGUUUUGGAAGCAGUAUUUAUUUUCCUUUAGUUGUUUGUUUUUGUGUCUUAUUUCCGUUUACAAAAAUGCUCUGUAUAGAAAGUGCAGCAUCGUGUUCCGUUCUAAGAUGGACGUUCUAGGGGUCAGUUCCUCUGGGGUGCUGAACAUAUUGAUUUGAAACGAGUUGAAUAAUAGAGUGGGGGAUUUAUCAGAAUAGUAACUAGAAUAGUGGAACAGACCCCAAAAUGCAGUGGUUUUGGCCUGAAGAAGGAAGCUGACACAUUGGGGAGAUGCAGGUACCAGAACGUAGUGUGUGCUCUCUGUCACCCCCUAGUGGGGGUAAGAAGACACUGCAUUAUAUUAUUAAUACAAUCCCCUGAGUGAACAUGCACACCACUUCUUGUUCAGGCAUUUUAAUAGUUGGUAUGAGGUUUACCUGGUUGUGCCAGGCUCCAUGGGGUACACCCUGUGUAAGCUACCAGUCCAUCACUGGGCACAUACAUGCAGACAGUGGCCCUCAGAAUUGCACACUAAACAUUUUCGACAUGCCAGUGUGUCUAACUGCACACCCCCCGUUUAGAUGCAAAACAUUGAAUAAAUGCACAGCACUGUAUAGUCAGGGCAAGGAUAUGUUUGGUUUUUUUGUACCGUUGCAUUAAAAUUGUACUUUGCUCCUGGAAUGUUCUAAUUAAAGUUUUUUUUUUUUUCCUGUC